CAAGCGUCUAGAUUAUUUCACCGCCUAUAUUCUUCAUUUGACCUCAAUAUCAAAAUAAAAUUGAAUAAUCGUCGAUUUAAAAAGUGUAUUUAUGUUAUUUCAAAAACCAUUGUCCAUAGAAAAAGCUAAAUUCACUGAGUAAUCAGAUUAAUCGAAUAUCUCGCAACAUAAACAAUAAUAGUGAAUUUCAUCAGGAUUAGAUUAAGAAGAUAAUUCACUAUUUACUGAUCUCAUUAUUUACAUUUCUCAAGAACAAAAUAAAUAAAAUUACUUAUAUCAACGGCAGCCAACUGAUAUUAAAGCAUAAUGACUAGUGCAUCAGCAGUUCUUGAUGUAGUUGUUGAAAAUAAGGAAAUUUCUUCAAUUCUUAAAGGAAACAAAGAUAACGACCAAUCAAGUAUUUGUAGUGGUUCAAUAGAUAAUUCAUUUGUGCAAUCCCCCAGUUUUGAGAGCUUCUCUACAAUUCAGGAUAUGGAAAAUCUAGCUGAAUUGAACAUGGAUGAGAAUUCCGAUCUUUGUGUUAAGAUUGACAAUCCGCAGAAACAUUUGGUGACAUUAGAAACGUAUAUCACUUUUCGAUUAACAACAAAAGUAGCUCGUAUAGAAUUUCCAGAAAAUGAGUAUUGUGUUAGAAGAAGAUAUAACGAUUUUAUAUGGCUUAGACAAAAAUUGGUGGAUAACCACCCAUUCUGUAUUGUUCCUCCUCUACCAGGGAAGCAUUCACUAAUGGGACAACUUGAUAGAUAUUCCAAAGAGUUUAUACUCUUACGUAUGAAAGCACUCAAUCUUUUCAUGUCUAGAAUCGUUCAACAUCCCAUCUUAAGUUGUAACGAGCAGCUGUUCUACUUUCUAACUGCCAAACAAGAGGAUUUUUCGGCUCAUCGUAAACAAAAACUGAUGGAUCCAAAUUCAAGAUCUCAAAGUUUGAGCAAUUCAUCUAUAACCACCACUAAGACACGUCAUUAUGAAUUCGACAAAAUGAAAACUUACUUAACUGCUCUGUCGGAAAAGUUGAGUUCUGUGGAGAAAAUUUCCAACAGAAUCAUAAGAGAAAGAGCCGAGUUCAUCACUGAACUCAACAGUUUCCAUCCAAUUUUCACCACUUGGGCCACAAGUGAGCCAGAGUUGGCGGGUAUUCUUCAAGGUAUUGGUCAUGCUUUGGAGAGAAUGUCAUCGUCUCAAAAUAUUUUAGUACAAAAUUACAACAACACGAUGGCGAACCCGAUGAAAGAUUUCUUGAGUUAUAUCGAUGUCGUUCAGGACACUUUAAAAAGGAGGGAGUCGCAUCAGCAGGCAUACGAAAAUGCCAUAGAAGAACUGAAUAAGAAGCACAAUCAGAAAGACAAGCUUGUUGCGAUUUCUCAAAACCAAGAGGGUGCUGGUGUGCAAUCGUGGAAACAGAGAAACUGCGAUGAACAAUUAGAAAAAUUAGGUACCCAUAUCCCGCAAUUGCUGAAAAAGGUAGAAGCCAAUCAAGACUAUCUGGAAUGUGCAAACGAGAGCUUGAGAAGCGACUUGGAGAGAUGGCAGAUAGAAAAACAAGACUGCAUAAAAAAGAUUCUUUUGGACUUUGUGAACAAACAAAUAGAAUAUGAACAGUCGCAGGUCAACGCUUGGGAACAGAUCACAAAUGAAAUCACUGCAGGUUUUGCCGUUAAUAAUAAUUCUAACUGAAUAUACAUUGUUUUUUUGUAAUUAAUCUUUAUUAUUUUUUUUUUAUAAAUAACAUUUAUUUGUUGUGUUUAUAUUUUGGUUGUCUAUUUAUGUUGAAAUACACCAUUUAAAUUA